AUGGUCGCCAUCAGCAAACGGCCCUCCCUGACAGUUGUCGACAACCGCACAGGAAAGACAUACGAAGUCCCCAUCAAGAACAACUCCAUCCUCGCCACCGAUUUCAAAAAUAUCAAAGCCCAGGCAAAUGGCGACAGAGCGGAGGAUGAGACGGAGCAAGGGCUCCGUGUUUAUGACCCGGCGUACAUGAACACAGCUGUCGUCCAGAGCAAGAUCACCUACAUCAAUGGCUUGGACGGCAUUUUGAGAUAUCGGGGGUACCCCAUCCAGCAGCUUGUCGACAAGAGCAACUUUUUGGAGAGUGCCUUUCUGCUACUGUACGGAGAGCUUCCGACAACUGCCCAGGCCCAGAGCUGGCAAAAUGAAGUCAUGCACCAUACCUACGUCCACACGGACAUCGAGGAUAUGUUCAAGUCGUUCCGGUACGAUUCACACCCAAUGGCCAUGAUGACAUCCGCGUUCGCAACCCUUGGUGCGUUCGCCCCCGAGUCAAACCCGUCGUUGGCAGGCCAGAAGCUGUACACAAACGCUGCGUCUGGGGAUAUAGAGUCCCUAAAAUUGCUCGACAAGCAAAUCCUCAGGAUUAUCGGCAAGGCACCAACCUUGGCAGCUGCUUCGUAUAGGAUGCGCCAAGGCCGGCCGUUCAACCGACCUGCUCAUGGCCUGUCCUACGCCGGCAACUUCCUUUACAUGCUCGACAAUCUUUCGGGCAGUGAAUACCAGCCUCAUCCUGUCUUGGAAAAGGCCUUAGAUGCACUAUUCAUCAUCCACGCCGACCACGAAGUGAACUGCUCCACUGCGACUGUUCUGCAAGUUGGAAGCUCCUUGGUCGACCCGUACUCUGUGGUCGCAGCUGGGUGUGCUGCGCUAUAUGGACCGUCUCAUGGGGGCGCUUCGGAGAGCGCUAUCCGCAUGCUAAUUGAGAUCGGUUCUCCAGAGAAUGUACCGGCAUUCAUGGAGAAGGUGGAAAAGCGGGAACGUGUCUUGGUUGGGUUUGGCCACAGAGUCUACAAGAACGUCGACCCGCGGUCAACAGCGAUCCGCCAACUUGCAGAGCAGGUCUUCAAGGUUACAGGUCGGAACAAGCUCCUCGACACGGCCCUGACACUCGCAGACUAUGCGAGGAAGAGCGAAUUCAUGAGGAAGCGAAAUCUCUACCCUAACGUCGACUUCUACUCUGGCCUCAUCUACCAAGCAAUGGGCUUUCCCCUCGAUUUCUACCCGGUGCUGUUUGCCGUGCCCCGAUGCGUCGGGUGGCUCGCUCACUGGAGACAGCAAAUGCUCAAUCCUUCCGGCGUAAAGAUUUGGAGGCCGCGACAGAUUUAUCUUGGCGAGGGAGAGAGGAACUACGUCGAGGCUGACAAGAGGAAGGAAAAGCCUGGGGCCAGCAUUUUCGAUGCCCCUGUUGCGGUUGAGCACGGUGGUGACAGCAAGAGAAACCAACUAGCUACAUACAAGGAUGAGCGGGGCCAGUCACGGACGAAGAGCAAGUUGUAA